AUGCGACUCCUCAAGACCGUAGGCAGUGACGCCGAUGACUGGGAACCGCAACUCGUUGAUUUCCGGGGCGAAGAAUAUGCGAUAUUGUCCCAUCGCUGGCAGCCGAACGCGAGAAAUGAAGUAUUAUUCACCGACAUUCGAGUGAUUGACGACGGCGGACCUGGUCCAGGCAGUAACAGGCUUGCGGAGUACUAUAUUAAUCCAAUGUUUGGACGUCGCGACUUGGUGCAGUUGCCAGGCUACCGCAAGCUUCGUGGCGCCGCUCGGCUCGCUGCUCGUGAAGGAUACGACUUCAUAUGGAUUGACACAUGCUGCAUUGACAAAAGCUCCAGUACCGAGCUCUCUGAAGCCAUCAACUCUAUGUAUAAAUGGUAUCGGGGAUCGCAAAUCUGCUUUGCGUAUCUUGAGGAUGUUCCUAAUCAGCCCUCAGCCAGCUGGAUUGAAACUGGCCUUGGCUCUGACUUUAGCCGUUCUACGUGGUGGUCACGCUGCUGGACACUGCAAGAAUUGGUAGCACCCCAACACGUGUUCUUCUAUAGUAAAGGCUGGACAUGGAUCGGGGAACGAAAAGCUCUGGCAGGCGACAUCUGGGCGAUUACACGCAUUGGAUACGAUAUGCUUGUUCAAGAGAAGAGCACGGAGCACUAUUCGGUUGCUCAGAGGAUGAGCUGGGCUAGUCGCAGAGCCUCGACCAGGCUCGAAGAUCAGGCAUAUUCCUUGAUGGCCAUAUUUGAAAUUAACAUGCCAUUGCUCUAUGGUGAGGGUGCCAAAGCGUUUCUGCGCUUGCAAGAGGAGAUCAUCAAAGUGUCUGACGACCAGACUCUCUUCGCGUGGACGAAUCCUGAAGCAGAGGACGACGAAGUACAUGGACUGCUCGCCAGUAGCCCAGCAAUGUUCUUACAAUCGCAGGACAUUGUCAAGGGGAGUGGCGUGAGUGGUCAGGUACCAUAUUCAAUGAGCCAUCUUGGCCUUUCGAUAUCUCUCCCCAUGGAAAUACGGAGAGACGGAACUUGGCUCGCAAAGCUCCAUUGUUAUGCAAACAGAGACCAGAAACAUAUCUCGCUACGUCUCAGACAGAUUGGCUGGGAUGAGCAGCAAUAUGCUCCAGUUUCCGCUAUUCUUCCACCUCAAACAGAACAUGUACCUCGGCGAACCCGAGCGCCCGGAAAUGCUGGUGAUGCAUUUCUGGAGUUAUUCAAAUCACCGCCCAAUAAGCAGACCGUCGUUGCCAUCACGGACAAUUCCAUGGCUCCAUGGUCGACGAGACCUCUACGAGAUAAGAUCGGAUAA